UAAGUAAAACAGUCGUCAGUGGCAUAACAUGUUGGUAACAACUCAGUGGGAGCAGCAAGCAGCAAACAGCAAGCACCAAGCAACACUUAACAGCUUGAAACAGAUUUGAUUUACGUUUGAUGUCCAGCUCAGGAUAUAGAAGUUUUAUAUAAUUAUAAGCAACAUUUGAAGUAAGAAGCAACGUUCAUUAAUUCAAAAUGCCAUAUUUUCCUAUACAACAUAGUAAGAGCAGCCACAAGAUGAGCAGCAACACCUCUUUGGACAAUACCUCAGAUCAGGAUUAUAGUGAAUUCCUGAAUGAGUAUUUGCUGCAAACCAACUCGCCCAGUAAUGAACCGGAAAUACAGUAUGAAGAGGGUGAAAUGGAGGCGGAAUGGCUUAUUGCAGCCGGAUAUCCACAGUUAACAAAGCCAUUUGAGCAGGGUCUGGAAUUAAACACCUCGGAGCUUGAACCAAUACUCGCAUCUCUAUCCAAACCACAUGCCGAAGCGAUUAAACAGCGUGUGCGUGCACUCAAUCACACUGUGCGGGGGCGCACAAAAAAUCGGCAGAAACGCAAACCAGACAUACGCGAUGUUUUCCGAGAUUUUGAUGAAUCGAGCACUGGCACACGUUCACGAAGCGCAACACCUGAUUCUCUUGAUUCGAUACAUGGUGACGAGUGGGGCAACGCUUCAAUACCAAGUUUUGUAAGUGUUUUUGAUACUGGCAAUGGUGCGGACACAAAUCAUGGACAUCAUCAAACAAUACAAUUGGGUAAACAUCUUAAACAGAAGUUACGACGAACCCCAAGUGCUCCACUUAAAGGAUCAACAGAUAUAUUUCGCGGUUCACAUAUACGAUGCGAUAUACCAAUGUACUCAUCUGAUGGUAUUGAGUUAUUAGGUUUUUCACGUAUUGGAACUAUACAUAUACCCAGAAACCGAUCCGGUUCUGAUCCAUCGUGUUCAGUUGGACGUGCUCGAGGGCAAUUAAUGCAGGACUCACACAGCGAUAACAAUACAUCUUCAGGUGAUUCUAGUGAUGAAUGUCUAUCCAAUACAGCACGUUCUUCGAACACUUCCUCUCCUGAGAGUACACCACAAAAAAUUUUAAGUAAAAUACAUUUAGACACACCACCACAAAGUGUACAGAACUCACCGUCUUCACGUGAUGGCAUUAGUUUUGAGAGCAUGUGCCGUGAGUCUUCUAGUCAAGAUGAAAUUGAUACUGUCGAUAGCAGUGAUACAUCGAUUGAAUUUUGUUCAGAUAUUGACACAAUAAACGAAACCGAGCUUAAACGCUUACAGCCUAUAUUUUGGUUAGAGUUAGCCACAAUAUUCGAUCGUAAUCACGUGUCAUUGGAUAAGAGGAAACCCUUCAAGAGACGACGCAAAGAAGAAGGUAAUCUCUUUGGAGUUUCACUCAACGCCUUGAUACGUCGUGAUCAACAGAUUACGGGUAAGGAUUCAACAUUGGUGCCGUUGUUCUUGGAAGGUGUGUUGGAGGAAUUAACAAAACGUGGUGCUAGAGAGGAGGGUAUUUUACGUGUCGCUGGACACAAACAAAAGACUGAAUUACUUUAUAACGAAUUGGAGUCGAGUUUUUACCAAAAACCAAAAAAAUUUCCGCAAUUACUGAGCUCGGCCAGUGUGCAUGACUUAAGUGCUCUGCUGAAGCGCUGGUUGCGUGAAUUACCUCAACCGCUGCUUAGCAAUGAACUUAUACAGCUUUUCUAUCAAUGUCAUGCUUUACCAACUGUGGAUCAAGCGAAGGCAUUGGCAAUCGUCUGCCAAAUGUUACCGCAUGAGAAUCGUAACACAUUACGUUCACUGAUACGUUUUCUCAAUUACGUCAUAGAAAACAAGCAGUUCAACAAGAUGAAUAUGCAUAAUGUGGCAACCAUAAUUGCUCCAUCAUUCUUUCCACCUCGUUAUAUCCAUCCAACGGAUAAGAACAGUAUUGAGGAACAGGUUAAGAUGGCGGCGCAGUGCUGCCGUUUAACGAAUAUGUUAAUAACACGCGGAGAAGCGUUAUUCCAGGUGCCAAAUAAUCUAAUCGAAGAAUCUAAAUCGAACAAAUCUCGUCAAGGUAAACGUGGCUUACAUCGUCGCGUGAAGGCUACUACUUCCUUAUUGCAUGUGGGUAGCAGCAACAAUAAUCACUCACUAAGUCCGAAUAUUGACAAUAAUGGCAACACCGUCACUCGUCAACAGUCAAUUAACCCAAGUCACGUGCAUCGUCUCAUCAUUUGAUCAACUCCAAGCCACUUCCGUGCAGGAGCGCAAAACUGGUGUCUACAAGACGUGCUUAGUCGAAGCUCAAAUUUAUUACUUCAGUUUUAUUUUUGCUAAUUAAUUUUAAUCAGUUUUUUUAG